AUGCGCAUCACCAGCCUUGCGGCAGCCUGGCUCGCCGUCUUUGUUGCCCAGUCGUCGGCACAUCUCCCCAACAACAAAAUCCUCUGGGGCGAGAAGGGCCCGGCAGGGAACCACAUGAGUGUGGUUCCCCGUCUGGUCCAAUCUACUUCCACCUCGUCGUCUCGCACGUCGGCGACUUCCACCUCGUCGUCUCGCACGUCGGCGACUUCCAUCUCGUCGUCUCGCACGUCGUCGGCUUCCAUCUCGUCGUCUCGCACGUCGUCGGCUUCCAUCUCGUCGUCUCGCACGUCGUCGGCUUCCACCUCGUCGACUUCUACCUCGUCGACCAGUACUAAGGUGGCCGACGCUGCCUGCACAAAUGGCCCUCUGACCAGGAGCUGCUGGUCCAAUGGCUAUUCGAUUGUGACCGACUUUGACCAGAAGUGGCCCACCACUGGCAACACCGUCUCCUACAGCCUAGACAUCACCAACGGCACCUGCAAUCCUGAUGGCGGUCCCAGUCGUCCAUGCCUGAUGUUCAACAACAAGAUUCCUGGCCCGACACUGUAUGCGAACUGGGGAGAUAUGAUCUCUGUCACCAUCAACAACAAGAUGCCCAGCAACGGUACUAGCGUCCACUGGCACGGUGUUCGCCAGUACAACACCCCCACUCAAGACGGUGUCAAUGGAAUCACCGAGUGCCCGCUUGCCCCGGGAGACUCGAAGACGUACCUGUUCCGCGCAACCCAGUUCGGCACCACCUGGUUCCACAGCCACUUCUCAGCCCAGUACGGUGAUGGUGCCGUGGGCCAACUCGUCAUCAACGGCCCGGCCUCCUCCAACUACGAUUACGACCUUGGUACCUAUACUGUGACCGACUGGUACUAUCGCACCGCCUUCCAGAUCGAAGACAACUUCAACGUUGCCCUCCAGGCAGGCAAGCCCGGUCCUCCAGGGGACACCAUCCUUGUCAACGGCACCAUGAAGUCUCAAGAUGGCACCGCCGGUGCGUACAGCAGAGUCAACAACCUCCAGCCUGGCAAGAAGUACCGUCUCCGUCUUAUCAACACUUCGGUGGACAACAACAUCUGGGUUUCCCUUGACGGCCACAACUUCACAGUCAUCACCUCCGAUUUCGUCCCGAGUAAGCCAUGGACCACCAACUGGCUUCUCAUGGCGAUCGGCCAGCGCUACGAUGUCAUCUUCACCGCCAGUUCGACGGUUGGUAAUUAUUGGUUCCGCGCCGAGGUCGCCACUGCCUGCCUCAGCGCCAACAAUCACUACGGCCGAGGUGUGUUCAGCAUUGCCGGAGCUUCUUCUAGUGAUCCUGUGGAUAGUGCCUCAAGCGUCCCCGGCGGCUGCGUCGAGCCUCUUCCCACGCCUUACGUGUCAAACACUGUCCCUAACUCUACCUUCCUUAGCCAAGUCUCGACCCUCAGUGUCGAUCUGACAACGGCGAACGUCUCUACCAACCAGCAGAACAUUGUCUUCUGGGGCAUUAACAUGACUGCCAUUGAUAUUGACUGGGAGAAGCCGACGCUUCAGUACGUCAUCGACGGGAACACCAGUUACCCUCAUGUGUACAACUUGAUCGAGCUGCCGAACGAGAAUAUUUGGACCUACUGGAUCAUUCAGGAGACUACCGGCACUCCGCAAAUCCCGCACCCGAUCCAUUUGCACGGCCACGAUUUCUACGUGCUCGGCAAGGGCUCUGGUGUCUUUGACCUCAGCACCUCUCCCUCGACCCUGAACUGGAGCAACCCCACUCGCCGUGACGUUUCGCUGCUGCCAGCUGGUGGCUGGCUCGCUCUUGCGUUCCCGACCGACAACCCCGGAGCCUGGCUCAUGCACUGCCACAUUGCCUGGCACAUCAGCGAAGGUCUCGGAGUUCAGUUCCUCGAGGCCAAGUCUCAGAUUCAGGGCCUCAACGACGCUUCAUGGCAGAAAACCUGUACGAACUGGGACAAGUACUGGACUAGUUCCAUAUACCCCAAGCAGGACUCUGGUCUUUGA